GGCGAAAGCAAGAAAUCGUGGCAAGCAGACAUUCGGCCUUCAACGAUUUGUCGGCUACGAAACGUGACGUUUCGUGGGUUCCGACGGUAGCAAUGUGGUGAGCCAGCCUUUCUGAAAUGCAUUUAUCGUACAGUUUCAGGAAAUGUUAAUGCAGCCCUACGAAGCCUUUCAAGAAGUCCAAUGCCAACAGCAAGAUUGCCGUCGUCUGAAGCGCCGUGCGUGUGCCGCUGUGUCGAGCUAAUCAGUCGUGUCCCCGCGUCACGCAAGGUGGGACUCAUUCAUUCAUUCGUUGACCGGCUGGAACUUCGAUAAAGGCACGAUGUGCUAGCGACAAACAUGAAACUGCAAGCGAAUGGCGCGUCCAAAAACGGCCAACCCCAGCAGCACCCACCGCAUUACUACCCUGAACUGCCGACAGAGGUUGAGGAGCGACUAGAGAAGCUCUUCAGAAAGUUAGACGUCAACGAAGAUGGUCGAAUUGACAUCAAUGAUCUUACCACUGGCUUGCGCAAACUGGGACUGCCGCAUUCACCUGGAAGUGUAGAGAAGUUCAUAACGGUAUCAGACACUGGAAAGGAUGGCACUGUGGAUUUUGCAGAGUUUGUGCACUACAUCAUUGAACACGAAAAGAAUUUGAUGGUGGUUUUUAAAAGCCUUGAUGCAAACAGUGAUGGCUCACUCGAUGCAAAUGAGAUCAGGACAUCGUUCCAGAAGCUUGGAAUUCAAAUUGAUUAUGAUGAAGCCAUGCGACUCCUUAAACGAAUGGACAAGGACGGCUCUCUGACCAUUAACUUUGAAGAAUGGCGUGACUAUCUGCUCUUUCACCCUAGCUCAGAAAUUCACGAUAUAAUUCAUCACUGGAGACAUGCUACAUUUGUAGAUCUCGGGGAAGACUCGUUGGUGCCAGACGACUUCACUGAGGAAGAGAUACACACAGGCAUGUGGUGGCGCCAUUUGGUCGCUGGGGGAGUUGCUGGCGCAGUGUCCCGAACAUGUACUGCCCCUCUAGACCGCCUCAAAGUCUUUCUCCAGGUUCGAGGUAACGAGUUCCAGUCUAUCCAACAGUGCUUACGGCAUAUGUUGCAAGAAGGGGGCAUGCAGUCCCUGUGGCGCGGCAAUGGCAUCAAUGUUAUCAAGAUAGCUCCUGAAAGUGCACUCAAGUUUCUUGCCUACGAAAAGGCAAAGCGGCUUAUCAAGGGCGACUCAAACCGUGAUCUGGGUAUCUUUGAACGUUUUUUUGCGGGUUCCCUUGCUGGCAGCAUCGCCCAAACAAGUAUCUACCCCAUGGAGGUGCUGAAAACCCGUUUGGCAUUACGCAAGACUGGCCAGUACAAGGGAAUAGUAGAUGCAGCCUGCCAGAUCUACCAGAAAGAAGGCUUGCGCAGCUUCUACAAGGGCUACCUACCAAACCUCCUCGGCAUCAUUCCCUAUGCUGGCAUUGACCUUGCCAUCUAUGAGACGCUCAAGAAGCUGUACUUACGCCGGCAUGACUUGACAGAUGAUCCUGGCAUCCUUGUGCUUCUAGGCUGUGGCACUGUGAGCAGCUCCUGUGGGCAAAUUGCCAGCUAUCCAUUGGCCCUUGUUAGGACGCGGCUGCAAGCACAAGAUGGAAAACACGAGCGGGCCUCCAUGAUUGGACUCAUCAAAGGCAUCGUCCGCACUGAAGGCUUCAGUGGCCUUUAUCGUGGCAUCACUCCAAACUUCAUGAAAGUGGCUCCUGCUGUCAGCAUUAGCUAUGUUGUUUAUGAACACUCACGUAGAGCCUUGGGUGUCACCAUGACAUGAGAACUUAUCUUCAUUUAGAGAUAUUUUGAAGCAGAUUGUGUCUUUUCAAUUUUGCUGCCAAUCUGCUUGGAGCAGAGUUGUCUGUGCUUAAAAUGCAGCUAUCGUACUAGCAAAAAGAUUGCGGUGCUUAUCAUACAGUUUUUAUUUGAUUUGUACAAUGUGGCUUGUUAUCUAUUAGUGGCUGUGUGCUUGUUUCUUUAGACCACGUAAUUCUCCAGGGCAAAGGGUGGCUUUUGUGGCAGUUGGAAAUUUCCAGCAACUUCGUGCAUUGCUAAUGUUGCACCCAAAGUCAUGUAACUUCUUCCUGCCAUCCUUGCAAGCAUGCUGCACGUAAAGCGGCCUGCACAGAGCGAGAGAAUCCCAUGUUGCUUUGGUCAGGCUUGCCCAUUAUUUAGGAAUAUUGUGAAGGGAAGCACACGAGGGGCGCAUAGUGAAGGUUCGUGCAGCCUUUGCAUAUAUACAUAUAUUGCCAAUUUCACCUAUUACUAGGUAUGCAUUGAUGUACUCUUGUUGAACCGGUGAUCUUGAUUUUAAUGAGGUGCCCUGUCUUGGCAAGCUUGUUAUUUCAUCGUAAAGUUAAGACUUGUGCUUAACAGCUAUAGAGGUACCGUUGACUAGCUGCCUCCCCCCUUUUUAUUUUACUUCUGCCACAUGCAAGGCUAAGCUAUGAUGCACAUCACUGUGAUAAUGUAAGGGUCUGCAUCCAAGCUUGCACCAGUACAGUUGUUCAUGUUUUUUCGAGCUUUCGCAUACUGCUGUCGAUGCAGGGCAAAUAUCUGCAGGUGUGAAAUAUGUAGUUUGAUUCUGUACAUACAAUCUUUAUUUUGUCUGUUCUAUUGAACUGUCAGAGAGAACUGCAAGCAGAUGUUGCAUGUCUGGGCAGUUGUACAUCCCCGAGGGUCCUAUAUUUCUCUAGAGAUUAUCAAAGUUAGUUUGGGCAUUUGCGAAGUAUGGUUAAUUUUGAUGCUGCAGAAGCUAUAUUAUUUAUUUUUGAGCUGUGUACAGCCUAGCCUCAAGUCUGUCCAAGACUGAAUAUUGCUAAUACCUAGACUAUGGCAAGACAUUGCCCCCUUCAUACUUUGCAAUGCCUGAGUGCACUAUAGCGUGAAAGUAUGCUCUUGCAUGGUAAUAUUUCUCUAUAAGUGAACGACUUUUUGAUGCUACAGCUGCUCUACUGAAGUCACCUUUCAAUCUUGAAUGUUCUCUGUUAUUCAUUCCAGAACUGUCUCAGUGCUGCUACUAAGACGAAGAAAAUAAUUAUUGAAUUCCAAAUUUGGAAACUGCACUGAUAUUUCUCUUCCACUUUGCAUGCACCUUCAUCAAGACAAUGCUUGGCUGUAUGAGCUCAUUUCCUUAACAGGCUUGUGGCAUUCUUGCCAAGUGUUGCCAGUUCUAUGAACUAUGAACUUUCAUCAUUUUUCUAGAUCACUGUACAUUUCAGUAAUGAAUAAAGGUACUUCAUUUCUCUUUUGAACAA